CAAAACUUCCGAAGCAGCGGAGGACGAGAUACAGAGAAAAUCAAUGGUGAAUUUUGAGCAAGCACGAGGGCCAAAUGGAAAAAGAAGCGUAUGAGGAGACUGAAGAGGAAGGGCAGAAAAAUGAGACGGAGAUCUAAGUAGAGAAACAGGAUUCCAGAUGCCUCGGAUUAGUUUCUUGAUUGCAACUGCUGUCUUUUACUAUUGAUGUGCAUUCCAUGGCAAAAUGGAGGUUGUCCGUAAGUUGACCCAAAGGUAACACGGACAAUUGCCUACCACCGAGUACUUAUGUACAGGCCUUGUUAACAGAAACAAAAUUUUCAGUAUUAAUUUCUCCGUCUUUGUGCAACUGAUGAUCUCUCAAUUCAAACACAUCUUUUUCACCGCCUCUCUUUCCCAUUCUCUUCGAAAAUUUCCCAAUUUCCCAUCAAUUCUCCCUCUUCCAUAUCUCAAAGCUUUCUCAGCAUCACACGUACUCGGAAGAAAAAUGGAAUCGGAAGCAGCUGCGCACACUCUUCUUCUACUCGCCGGAAAAUCCAAUGAGGAGAACGAUUUAGCAAAGGUAUUAAAGGAUAAUAAUACUCUUCAACUGCAUAAAAAUGGUGAAGAAGUUGAGGUUGUUCUGCACCCCGAGCUCGAAACGCCAUUUGAAGAUGAAGCAUUUCGAAUUGAAGAAUACUUCAACUCCCUUUCGACUACGCGUUUUGGGAGACUCCUCAUUUACUCUCCCAAAUUAUCGUCAACUCAUGAUGUUAUUUCACAAAAUAACUCUGACUUACCAGUUGGUUCAGUCUGUGUUGCUGAUGUGCAACUGAAAGGGAGAGGCCGUUCGAGUAAUUUAUGGCAAUCACCAAAGGGUUGCCUUCUGUUUUCAUUUUCAAUACAAAUGGAGGACGGCAGAGUGGUACCACAUUUGCAGUAUGUAGUUUGUCUUGCUAUGACAGAGGCCAUUAAGGCUAUCUGUUUGGAAAAGGGCACACCACAUCUUGAUGUUCGAAUAAAGUGGCCAAAUGAUCUAUAUUUAGGUGGCCUUAAAGUGGGAGGCAUCCUAAGCACAUCGGUAUAUAGGUCAAAGAAGUUCUAUGUUAGUGCUGGAGUGGGAUUGAAUGUGGGGAAUGAGAAGCCUACUACAUGCUUGAAUACUGCUUUGAAGAGAGUGAAUCCUCUCUCACGUGAAUUGAAAAGAGAAGAUAUCAUUGCAGCCUUUUUCAAUAAAUUUGAGAACCUUUAUGAUGUUUUCUUAGAACAAGGAUUUCAAGCUCUUGAAGAAUUGUACUAUCGGACUUGGUUACACAGUGGACAGAGGGUUAUUGUGCAGGAGAGAAGCAAUGAUCAGGACCAAUUCGUUGAAAAUGUAGUCACCAUUCAGGGUUUGGCAUCCUCUGGGUAUUUAUUAGGAAUCACAGAUGACGGUCAAAUAUGUGAGCUACACCCAGAUGGCAACAGUUUUGACUUCUUCAAAGGGCUUAUCAAAAGAAAAAUGAGCUGAAGGAGAUUCAUGUCGGUGCCUUCUAGCGAAGGGUCUUUCCUCUUUUCUGUUCACUUUUAGUUCACGUAUUCUCUUUUUAUUUGCUUAUUUCUGGCUGUGAUUCUGUUGCACAUAAAGUCUUUUCUCAAACUAUUGAAUUGAUUCCUUCAUUUUUUUUAUAGAGACGGAACCAACAUUGCAGUAACUUGAUUUUCUUUAUAAAAAUAGCAGCAGCAUUUCUGCCAAGUUGUAGUGAAGAUUUCCUUCAAGGUGCUUUUAUUCAACGGAACGUUAAGAAAUAAGAGAUUUCCGUUUCUGUUUC